AUGAAUUCGUCGAAUAAAAUUGAGCGAAUGGAUGACUUGGCCUCGUUGUUUUUGCCGGAAUCACUUCAGACGCUACAUAACUCGUCGCCUAUGACUUCCACCAAUAACCACAGGAGUAACAGUAACAGCAGCGACAGCAGCAAUAGUGAUAACAACCAUCAUACAAGCUCGAACUUGUUACUACCGAAGGACAACAUGUCUGUCACCGAGAAUAUGGAACAUGACUUGAAUACGCGGGAGAAACCAGAUUUAGAGAAUAAUAAUGGUUCCGAUAACGUCACAUCUAAUGCAAACAUAUCCUCUUCUACAAGCUACCAAGAUUUCCUCAAUAGUAACAAUUUUAUCAACAGACCUACUCAUGAUGUUGAUACGGAACAGCCAUAUUCACAUAUCAAUCAUUACUCUCUAUAUCUACCGUACGAAACUAACCCAAAUAUUCUUCCACACUACCCAAACUUUCAUAAUCCAAUUUACCAACAAUACUUUCCACAGCAGCAACAUCAACAGCAGCAGCAGCAGCAGCAGCAGCAGCAACAACAGCAGCAACAGCAGCAGCAGCAACAGCAACAGCUCAAUUUCCAAUCACAGGGACAACAGCUACAAUCUCAGUCAUUACAAUCUCAAGUUCAGUUUAUUCCAGACGGUGGACCUAUGCUGAUGAUUCAGUCACCUCAAGCAGGUACACAACAACUAUCUCAACCAAAUGGUAAUAAUUAUGGACGAGGUUUCGAAGAAUAUUCAGCAAACAACUGGAUGAACAAUACGGAGUACAGCGGUCUUCCCCAGGGUAAUAAUUCUUAUUCACAAGAGGCACCGAAAGACUUGGAACAACCCGACAGUGGUCCUACAAGUCCUAAAAAGAAGAAAGCUAAACGGAGAAAACGUGACUCUAGGCAGCCCUUUGACUUUCACAUUGAUUACAAACCAACAAAGAUUAAAAAACUUUUAGAUUUUGAGCAGUCCGGUAUAACGAGCAUUAAUGACUACAAGAUAAUCGAUAAUAAUAACAAUAAUGUUGCCGUUGAUUUCAGUGGGUUUUUGAAUGGUCGGUUUUUUACAAAUGAUACCGACAACAACAACUAUAUUUUCACUAAAAAUGAAUUGCAGAGAAAUACCGGAGGGGCUCAAGCACAAAGAGAUAGUCAUAGUACAAAGAUGGAAGAUCCUAAAGUGGUAUCGUGUUAUAGAAGAAACUAUGUUCAAGUGUUGAUCAACAUGAAACUUUCCGGUUUGAGUAGUGAUUUCAAGUUGUUGCAGUUGCAAACAAGUGAGUACGGGUACACAACAACGCGGGUAAUAAAGUACUUCAAGAUUGGAAUCCAUGCAGUGACUAAUAUUUCAAGUUCUAAAAACGUACCAAUAAUAAUACGGAAUGACCUUAAAGACAUAGAAAGAGAAAGAGAAAAGGAGAAAAAGAACCAGACAAAUUAUCCUUCUGAAUCGAAAGAAGACAUUGUUCAGCCAAAUUCUAUUAGUUCGCAAGAGCAUGUGGUGGUUCUUAAUGAGGAGAUGAUGCCAGUACAAGCAAACGGGUCGAUUGAUAAGUUUUUUGUUGUUAAAAAGUUGCAAUUUAAGAAUGCCACUCCAAAUAAUGGUAACUUGACGUUUCAAAACUAUUACCACUUGAAGAUCAAAUUGAGUUGUAUUGUUGCUGAUAUGUAUUAUGACGAUUAUGUUGAUAAUAUGGAUGUACCUAUUGACAAGAAUGGGAACACAACAGGAUUUAACAAUAAUGAGUUUUUGCUCUCGGAAUUAGUUAGCGAGCCCAUUAUUGUUAGAGGAAGGAACCCAAGCUUUUAUGCUGAAAGAAAAGAUAUCCUCAUCAAGUGCCGACAACCAAACUCAAGAAAAAGUUUCAAGUUGGCAGCUCAACCAUCUGAGACCAAAGAACGAAUCUACCAUAAUAAUGAGGAUGAUGAGGAAGGAGCUGAUCAUACAGGAGGAGGCGGAGGAGGUGGUGGUGUCGACGAUGAUUCUAUUACUGACGAUGCGAUCGAUGCCGCAAACAGUGGGACACGUGAAUUAACCGACGAGGACGAGGGCGACAAGAUGGAAGAAUUUGACUAUGGUUUACUAUAUGCAAGUAAUAGUCAUGAUGAGAGCGAUGGCCAAGAUUCACCGAUGGAUGAGGUCAAGAGAAAGAAAAACGAACAGAAUCAGCAAAUAUCUGGGUAUUCUACUACCACUAGUAGUACCAAUACUACAUCAUUAGACCUUAAUAUGGUUGAUAAAUACAAAUACUUUCCGAUAUCCAGCCAUUAUUACUUGCCACCUGUUAAUGUUGUUUACUUCCCACAUCGAGCCCAUCAUCCUAUUGAUAAAGAAGACGAGAAUAAUAGUAUGAGUAUGGAACCUGUUGUUGAGAGGAAGAGCUCAAAUUUAUACUUUAAAUAA